AUGCCUUCUACGACGUUUUUAUUCUUCUUUUUUCUCGGUGUUUUUCCUUCGAUCAACACAUUGGAUUGCUAUUCAUGUAAAAUUCGAGGAGAGCAACCAACCAGUUGUUACGAUCCAUUUAAUCUCAAUGGAACAUCGAUCACAACAGCAUCUGCAACAACAUCGAACGCAAUUUGUGUUAAAAUCAUUGGUAAACUGAACACGAAUGAACGAUUCGCGAUCAGAAAUGUCAGUCCCAAUGGAUGUCCGAAUGGUCUGAACAGUACCGAUGUCGGUGGUAAUACCACAAAUAUUCGAGUGACUGAUCUGAAAAUUAGCUGUUGCAAUCGACAUUUAUGUAAUCAUGGAGUUCGCCAUGAAAAACUCUUUGGUUUGGCGUUUUCUGCUAUAAUUCUCAUGUAUAUUGUUGAAUAA